AUGCCGGUAGCCGUCUCGACGCAGUCUACACCAUCUCAAACGGAGCAAUUGAUCCGGGUUACAUCCGCAAUCGCGCUCGAGCUCAUCAAAGCGCACGAUGCGGGUCAAACGGUGUCGCUGAAUGAGAUCCGGAAUAAAAUGAGCAAAAAAUACAACUUUAGCGGAGUACCACGUCUCGUAGACAUUAUCAGCGCAGUACCAGACGAGUACAAAAAGGCCCUCUUGCCAAAGCUAAAAGCGAGGCCGAUUCGGACUGCAUCUGGGAUUGCCGUUGUUGCGGUGAUGUGUAAACCCCAUCGAUGUCCACACAUCGCCAUGACAGGGAAUAUCUGCGUAUAUUGCCCAGGAGGACCAGAUUCAGACUUUGACUACAGCACUCAAAGCUAUACGGGAUACGAGCCUACAAGUAUGCGGGCUAUACGUGCCCGAUACGAUCCAUACGAACAGACAAAAGGACGAGUAGAACAACUUCGAAGCCUAGGCCAUAGCGUUGACAAAGUCGAGUUUAUUGUCAUGGGAGGAACAUUCAUGUCGAUGCCAGAAGACUAUCGUAACAAGUUCAUCGCCCAGCUACACAACGCUCUUUCCGGAUAUACUGGUCAAGAUGUCGACGAGGCGGUCAGAUUCUCUGAACAGAGCAAGUCCAAGGCGAUCGGUAUCACCAUCGAGACACGUCCAGACUACUGCCUACGACCACACCUCUCGCAAAUGCUCCGCUACGGAUGCACGCGUCUCGAAAUUGGAGUUCAAUCUGUGUACGAGGAUGUAGCACGGGAUACGAACCGAGGGCAUACAGUGCGAGCCGUGUCAGAAUCUUUCCACCUCGCCAAGGAUGCAGGCUUCAAAGUUGUUGCGCACAUGAUGCCUGAUUUGCCCAACGUUGGCUUGGAGCGGGAUUUGGAGCAGUUCAAGGAAUAUUUUGAGAAUCCAGCAUUUCGGUCGGACGGACUGAAGAUUUAUCCCACUUUGGUUAUUCGAGGGACGGGGCUCUAUGAGCUAUGGAGGACAGGGAGGUACAAGAACUAUACGCCCAACGUCUUGGUUGACGUGGUGGCGAGAAUAUUGGCUCUUGUACCGCCGUGGACGAGGGUUUAUCGAGUGCAAAGGGACAUUCCUCUUCCACUGGUGUCGAGCGGCUGUGAAAACUCUGGAAAUUUACGAGAGCUGGCCCUUCAGCGGAUGAAGGACUUUGGCACAGAGUGUCGGGACGUGAGGUUUAGAGAAGUCGGAAUACAUGAGAUUCACCACAAAGUUCGACCAGACCGCGUCGAGCUCAUUCGAAGAGACUAUACGGCCAACGGUGGAUGGGAGACGUUCCUCUCGUACGAAGACCCGGAGAAAGAUAUCUUAGUUGGACUUCUUCGUCUUCGAAAGUGUUCCGAUGAGGGUACAUUCAGGCCGGAGCUCGUUCGAAGACCCGUGGUGGACGGAGAAGAGGAGGGUGGGUCGGUGAGCAUCGUGCGUGAGCUACAUGUGUAUGGCACAGCCAUCCCCGUUCACGGGCGUGAUCCGACAAAGUUCCAGCAUCAGGGCUUUGGCACCUUGUUGAUGGAAGAAGCGGAACGGAUAGCCAGAGAUGAGCAUGGUAGCGUCAAGCUUGCUGUCAUCUCUGGAGUAGGGACACGGGAUUACUAUCGAAGACUAGGCUACGAGCUCGAUGGACCAUACAUGUCCAAGUCUCUCCUAUAG